CACGCCUGUUUAACUGUCAAAUAAAAACCACUAGGAAAAAAAGAACACAAAUACAAAAUUACAAAAGAAAAGAUAAUUCCAGGCAGACGAUACUCAAGUUUGUUAGCUUUUUAUUCUAACAAAAUUCUAAUCCUCAUCGCUAAAAUCUUUCUAAAAACAUAAAAUGGGAAAUGCACCUGUAAAAGAAGCUGUUCAAGCUGCAGCAACAAACGUUACCGGAAUCCAACCAGAAAAACCCAAAUGCAAAGCAUGCUGUGCAUGCCCAGACACAAAACGAGUUCGAGACCAAUGCAUUAUUGAACGAGGAGAAGAAAACUGCACAAAGCUGAUUGAAGCACAUAAGCAAUGCAUGCGUCAGGCGGGUUUCAAUAUCUGAUGAUGUUGAGUAAACAAAUUAAUUAGUAGAUUGGUAACUAUUCCUAAGAUUUAUCAGCAAAUAACUUGGAAUCAAUUAGAGCUACUGUUACUUAAACGCUUAUAUUAAUAGAAAACAUGAAUAAGUUAUUAUAAAAUAGAAUAAAAUAUUAAUUUAGAAGCAGAA